GCAUCAGUGAGGGUGGGUGCUUGACGCUGCUCCUCCAUCUCUCUCCCUUUAACAUAACACACCACUAACAUCUCUAUACACUCUUACACACCUGUAACGGGAACCGUCGUCCCGUUGGACAUGACGCCCAGCCUUACGUGUCACCCAGAAGUGGAAUGCAGGAGGAAGCACCUUGUGAGGAGAGCAAGUGUCUCAGACUGGACAAACGUUACUACGGGAUUAUUUAUGAACAAACGUCACACAAAGUGUUGCUGAUGCUGGAAUAUUUGCCUUGUAAGAUUAUAUUUAUACAGAGGAAGUAAGGCAAUGCAAACUGAACAACAAUUAUUUUGAGGACGUAAUGGAACACAAGAACUACAGUUGUUAUUAAGAAUGUAAUUGAGCACAAGAACAACAGAUGUUUUCAACCAUGUAUUGGAACAACAGGAAUAUGGAAUGUUUUUUUUCCUCAUGUGGUAGACUAAUGUUUUUGUUGUGAUGAUGGCAACAGUGUUGCAGGAGAGAGCCGAGGCACGAGGGACUUCAGUUUGUGCAGUAAGAAACGUGCCGAUAAGUUAUACUGCAAGAACUCUAACUUAAAUUGUGUGUGGCAGAAACUUUCGGUGUUGCAGUGAAGAGUAAUGCGGAACUUGAACCGUUUUUGUGAACUUUGUUAUGCAGUGAAGACUAGUGGUGGGACCUUUAGUGCUGUGAAACCAAGACUAGCAUGGGAUCUUAGUGCUGUGAAACCCAGAUUAGUGGUGGGAUCUUAGUGCUGUGAAACCAAGAGCAUUACAUUUAUGUUAUGGUUUCUAUCACAAAAAAAAAAAAAUCAGUUAAGGUUUAGAAGAAGGAAAAACAAUGAAAUAGAUAACUAGAGUUAACAUUAAACAGUUGAGGACGCCACGCUGGUGCCGAGUAGUGCUUAUUAUUGCGAUUUCCAGGGAUGUGAGGCAAGUCAUUCCCCGGCCUUUAAGAAGAUACCUGAGCGUGUGUGUGUGUGUGAGACUGUGGCUGCCACAUCCUGGAAGAUGAGGUGACCACGAGACAUACUCCUUCCUUCAAACACCACCUUUAACACCACCACCACCACCACUACCUUUAUCACCACCAGUACUCCCUCGUCCAGAACCACCUCCUUCACCACCACCACCACCACUAUGAAGAGUCCUCCACUAGAAGGAGGUGAAGGACCCUGCGAAAUUCUGCAAGAUGCGGUACAUAGUGGGUUGGCCUUGCUGGCUGGCGGCAGGGGUGAAGGUGGAGGUGUGGGGGGGGUAUUGGGACUAGAAAGACAGGAAACCCAACGAGCACCCCCAGAGGCACUCACCUUCCUUCAGGGAGAUCUUGUCCCCCAUACCAACUUCACCCACACCUUCCUCAAGUCAAUACUCACCUCCAUCGACAGCAAGGACCCAGUGGUUGCUAAUGCAUGGCUGGAGACACUGCUGGAUGUAAUAGAUCUUCUUCCCAAGGAGGUCAUUAAAGAUGAGAUUUUAACAUUGGCUGUGAGUAAGGGACAGUCACAGCAAGUGUCAGCUCGCCUGGCUGCUUGUAAACUCAUUGGCAAGAUAGCUACCAAGUUUGAACCAUUCCUGUUAAAGACUGAAGUAGUUGGCGUUGUACAAAGUUUGUGUCAAGAUGUCUGUGGUGAGGUUCGAGGAAGCAUGUGUAGCCAGCUGGCUGCAGUGGCACGGGGUCUGGGCCUCGAUGCUACCAAAACCCACAUCCUUCCAGAGCUGGUGGAUCUCUGCUCUGACGAGGAAACUAAUGUUCGCCUGGCAGGGAUAAACACAGUAGUGCUGAUGAUUCCCUUGCUUGAUGAUGAAACUCGAGUUGGAACACUAGUUCCUCUUGUACGGAAGGUGUGUGAGCGAGCGCUCAGGGUGGAGGAUGCAUCCUUGCCUGUAACUGCACAUCUCUUGGGACGCAUAUGCCAUGGACUUCAUGAUGAACUGACUGAAGAACAGAAGAGCUGGUUCCUGAAUUUCUACUGCACACUUGCAAAGCUGGGCCUUCCUGACUCCAAGAAGACUGAGCUUCCGAUGCCAGACUUGGUAGCAGAGGUUCGCAGCGGGGAGUACGAAGCUGAGUGUCGGCAGCAGUGUGCGUAUAAUCUGCCAUGUAUGGUAGCCUUUGCUGGAGGAUCAACUACCUACCGAACCAGUUUGCAUGAGACUGUCUCAUCUCUUGUUACUGACCCCAGUCAACAAGUUCGAACAACAGUAGCAGCAGCCUACCAUCAGCUGUGUACAUUGGUUGGUGCUGAGGUGGGUCUUCUGAAAGAGGGACUUCUACUGUUGUUACGCUCAGAAAACCUGGAUAUAUUGGCAGCAUUAACUCCCAACCUCCCCCAUAUUAUUACCACCAUGCACAGACAUAAUGCAGUUACACCACAGUCUCCUAGGGGAGAUCUUCUGGAGCUGGUAGGAGCUAUCAAGCAAGGGGAGGAGACUGUGAGCAUAACCAGUAUGUGGCGGGUUCAUGCUGAAACCUUGACGCAAGCAGCUGCCCUCGCUCCCUGUCUUCCACCAGAUCUCAUCUUCACUCAGCUUGUUCCUCUCAUGUUUGUUAGGAUGCAAACUGCUCGGCCAAUACCAUGUCGGCUUGCUGCAGCCAGAACCCUGCUGGUGUACUUGCGACAUAUGAACACAUCAGAGCAGAGAGACCAUAUCAGUAAUACUCUUGUGUCAGAAUUUUGUGAAGGAAACAGUUGCCACAAGCGCAUGCUGUUUCUGAGUGUUGCUACGAUGGUUCUUGAAAUGUUCUCCAAGGCUUUCUUCAAGUCUAAUUUCUUCAGGCCACUACUAUCUCUACACAAUGAUCGAGUUCCCAACAUUCGAUUGAAGCUGGUGAUGCUACUUCCUCAGAUGAAAGCCACAAUUUCAAUGCCUGAGGAUAAAGGCAGGCUGCAGGAGCUGGAAACUGUAGUGGGCAGCUUACUUGUGAAUGAGAAUGAUAGAGAUGUGUCAGCAGCCAUCUCUACUACUAUCUCUCAACUUGACAAGAUUGAAGUCUGUGAAAGCCAGCGUGGUUCUCCAGAAGGUGAAUCUGGUGGGCAGGAGACAGAGGAUGAGAGAAGAGAAAGACAGGAGAGGAGAGUUGUCACUGAUUCAAAGACACCAGAUAAAAAAUCUCCAGAUUCCUUUAAAGAAAUGGUCCAGGCAACAGCUCAGCAACUUUAUUUAAAAUGUCUAACUUUCACACGUGUACCUUACAGUGGUGGUGCGUAUCAAGCUUCUACUACUACUAACACAUCUCCUAGCUCUGCUACUAACCCAACUGAGUGGUCUCUUGAUGAUGAUGAUGAUGACAACGAGCUGGACAUUAGCGACAUCUGUGAUGAGGUCCUUCUUAGUCCUGAAGAACCUAGUAUUGACUGGGAUGAGCAGCUUUCUCCUGAGUCCCCAAGAAUCACUAGAGAUCCACCAUCUUCAGCUUCAUCGCACAUCUCUAGAUCAUUGCACUCACGAGAUAGGCAUUUGGAAUCGAGAGAUUUGCACAAAGAUUCCAGAGAUAGACACUCAGAUUCCAGAGAUAAUCUCUCUAGUUCUAGAGAUAAUCUUUCAAGCUCAAGGGAUAGCCUUUCAGGGUCCAGAAACAGAGCUUCAGAGUCAUGGGAUCGCCACUCAGAUUCUCGAGAAAGGCUUUCAGAGAAACGUACCAAACAAGUAUCUUCCCGGCGAUCACCUUAUUCAGCACUACCCUCUGAGAGUGGUGAUGAUGGAGACAGAAUAUCAGAGAAGCUUUCAGCCAGAGAAAUCUUUUGGUUACGCACGUCUCGCCCUCGUUGGCGAAGAAAAGUUGCAUCAGCAGACACCAGUCCAGAAGAGCCACGAAGAAAUAGAUUUGGUCGAGGAUGGUCAAUUGACGGAAGAGGGAGUCACUCAGAUACUGAAGACCCAGAUAUUCUGUAUGAUGGACGUCGUCACACAAGCAAAGAAACCAAGGUUCAGUCACCAAUUUCUCAUACUAAUGCUAGCCCACCAAGUCCACAUGGUAUGUAUACUUGGCCUCCACAACAUACUCGUCACCGCCACCACAGUGCUUCAGAGACAGAAGAAUAUGAGAAUGAGCAAGAGCAAGGCCACCAUGAAACAUCACAACAUCCUGGAAACUCCUAUGACACAAUGUCACGUCGACGCAGUCCUCCUGCCCAUCACUAUGAAGCCUCUGUUCAUAAAAAUCGACAUUUUGACUUGUCUUCUCAAAGGAGUGAACCAUCAGACACAUAUAAUGCUCGUUCUCAUCACUCAAACAAACCUUCUAAACGCCACAACAAAAUCACAAACUAUUCAGCUUCAUCUACUAAUUACUAUAGUCCAUCCAUCAAAGAAGAAAAUUCCUCAAAAAAAUAUAAUACCUCUUCAAGUUCCCUUGACCCAUCUCCACAUCAUGUACAGUAUGGCAGUCAUACCAAUGAAAGUGACAACUCUUCUAGCAGUCGACAGCGAGAGCGAUCUCCCCAACCACUGCUCAACAGUAGGCCACAUCACAUUGCUUAUCCUCAGGAGUCUGAAGAUCCCUACAUUUAUCAUGGUCUUCCCCCAACCCUUGCUCCUCAUCUCUCUGCUAUGUACUCUCCUCGAUCUCUCCCAACACACUUCUCAUAUGAUCAUCCUGAUGAAUACCUGUCCUCUCUUGCUUUUACUGAACCUUUUAGUCCUGACCCUUACCAUGCAGAAAUGUUUGCUGCUGCUGAACUUUAUCCUCGAGAACCUUAUCCUCAAUACAGUUAUGAUGGUGAUCGAUGCAGGGGAACCCAUGAACAUGAAGCCAGAAUGAUCGAACAGCUUCCUCAUCCAUAUUUUUUAUUAGACACUGCAGAACUGGCACCCUGGUCCUCACCUCCAGCUUAUCCUAUAGGACCGCUAGGUGCUUCGUGGUUGCAACAUGGCCUUCACCCUUUGGCUCGUAUCCCUCCUUGUCUCAUUCCUACACCUUAUUCCCGCCCCAGACCCCAUGCCCCACUAGCCUCACCCCCAUGGCGCCUUACUCAUCCUGCUUCUUUCCCCAGCAUGUCUACACUCGACCCCACUACGGAUGAGUUCUUGGUUGAUGCUGGUAUUCGUAUAGAUGAGUCGGUCAUCAAAAGUCGUCUGCCCACUCCACAGAACAGUGCUUCAAGGAUUUCUCGCUGGAGGCCUUCAGAUCGCCCUUUUGGGAGCCAUCUAUCUACAAGUAAUGAAGGCAGUAGCAUGGAUAACAAGACUCAUGGUAGCAGUAACCUGGGUGGUUCCCGUUUGAGACAGCCCUCCACCAUUGCUUCAGUAAGUAGAAUACCAGCACCACCAGGUACAUUAGGACACCAGAGUGAUUCUCCUCAUGGUCAAGAUGACCAGAAUAGUAAGCAUAGGGAUAGUCAGAACACAUCAGGAUCAAGAAGAAGUAGCCAGGGUGGCAAUGGGUCAACUGGCAAUAAUGUUGUGACCCGUCUUCGACCACCAUCACGUCCUAACAGACCAGUUUCUACUGUUUCUCCAUCUCCUUCUCGAGGUCCGCUCCCAUCACGUACAAAGUCUCUUAGUCAUGAAAACUUACGCACAUCUCCUUCCAGAUUAGCUCUUCCAACUUCUCCAACAGUGUCUCCAAGUUCUUCUCGUGCCACAUCCCCUCACACAUCUCCACAGGAAACUGAAAAUCGUCCUAGAACCCUUAAUGUUGUAGGGUCGCGUUUAAGGCAACCACAAGUUCGUACUCCUAGAAACAGAGGGUCUCGACCUACAAGUUGCAGUUCUUCCCCGGGUGGUUCUCGUUGUUCCUCCCCAGGGCUUGAUGGCCCAGCUAGUGGUUUCGGUAGAGGUAGUCGUAGCGGUAGUCGUAAUGGGAGUACAAGUUCAUCUCCAGCCUCAUCUCGCUGUUCCUCCCCAGCUUCAGAAGAUCUGCGUUCAUUAACGCGAGGUUCACAGCACAGGUCUUCGGUUUCUGCAGCACGUGCUAAUUCAGGUACAUCUAGAUCUGCUCGCCACACUUCUAGCUCCACCCCAGAACAAGUCACCACUCCUCCCUCUCCUGUACCUUCACCACGAUCCCAAAGACAGGGUUCCUCCAUUCCUAAGCCAUCAUCUAUAUCAAGGGGAAAGCCAGCUGGAAGUAAAUUACCCCUCCCUACAUCAACAAGAAACUAGUUUUAGCGAUCUUUGCAACAUGAAUUUGAUCCUGUUUUUCAUAUAAAUGAUUUUUUGGAGUACUUGAGGUGAGCCCAUGUCAUUUGGUUUUCUAAAUCUGAACCUUUUUUUUUUUUUUUUUUUUUCUUAUGCAGGCACACUGCAUUUGGAAAAUAAUUUGUCUGAAUUCUAAUGAAUGCUGAGAGCUCAAAAUAUAUUCUUGUGAGUAUAACCAGACUCUUUAUUUAUUACUUUGUAUGUGUUUUGUAAGACAGGAAGAUGUUUGUGUGUAGUUUACUUCUAAUAAGAAGAAACAUGCUCUUCCCUCAUAAGAUUUGUGAGGUGUUCCCAAAGUUAAUGUGACUUAAAAAGACAACCACUUCCCAUCAUACAUAAUCUAGUCAAAAAUUAAGCUUCAUGCAGUUUUGAAAGUGUAAGCCAUAUUGGUGAAUAUAGGCCAGUUUACUUAAAAAAAAUUUUAAUUAUUAUACAGGCAUAAUAUUGAAUUUACAUAAAAAUACAGAUAUAUUUCAAAACCAUUAUAUAACCAAUUGAUGAAUACCUUAUAGGUAGAGUAUUGCUUAAAACACACGUGCCAUAUUCAGCAGUUAUUAGAGAGGUUGUGAUGACUAUCUGUAGAGUUAUAAGAUGCCAUAUAUGUUUUGAUCAUUGUACACUGAUGUUCACUAACAUGUACGUGUUUCUGCUUGAAGAUGCAACAAAUGGCAUUGUAAAGAUUGUGAUUAAGGGAGAAGCCACGGCUGCAAGAGUAGUUUCUGUGUUGCUGUUAGCAAAUGGAGGAUUGAACCUCUACCAGCUCUUGCUCUGAAUGACCUACGUGGGUUUAGUGCCUCACAUAAUAUUAUAAUAAUAUUGUCAUUCAGAAUGACAAAAAAUUCUGGUUUGAUCUUCAGUAGAGGAAUAAAGCCAUAAGAAUAGGAUACAAUGACCAAUACAUUAUUAAACAAAAUGAUCAUCAGUGAUCAAAUAUUAGCAGGUGCAAUAAAAAAUUUAUUAUUAAAUUUAUGUUAGUAAAGUUAGGUUUGCAAAACAUUACAUUAAAUAAUGCAGUACCAGUAAUAUUGAUAUACGUACUGUACAUACUGUACUAUAUUCACAGCUUUGUCAGAGUAUAUUAUUUUGAAAUUGUAACUUACGUAAUUAAAAUGACAAAUGCUGAACUAUCUUUAGAAGAGUUUGAUGCCUCUGUUCUUAACAGAAGGUUAAAUACUGUAUUGUACACUCAGCAAGUAAACAGGAAUUACACUGCAAAAGUUUUAGCCUACAGAUUGUAGAAGUUUUAACUUCACUUAGGUAUAAGAGAGAAUAAUGUCACAAGAAAGAUAAUUACUUCAUUUUGUACACUGGUACGAGAGGCACUGGGUUAUACUGGUGCUGUUAUUCGUAGCAGUAUGUAAAUCUUUAUUGGCAAGCAAAAAAUUAUAUAAUAAAACUUGUGUAUAGAGUACUAGGGACUAACCCUGUGGCCUCGCACAACUGAGUCCUCAAUUAUCCUGACUAUGUUGUCUUGUCAGAAUUCCUGGUUGAUCCCCAGUACUCCUUAUACAUAAUUUGUUACUUUCACAUUAUUGUGAAAUUCUUAUUUUAUAUGAAAGUUUGUAUACAGUAUUUGAAAUGACAUUUAAAUAGCUUUAAUAAUGCACACUGUACGUAAAAUAAUUUUUAGUAAUAAUUAAGCACAGUUCGGUGACUUUAAUAAUAUCUUGCACAAAUUACGUUGAAACCUCUGAGGAUGUGUAAAGCCUUGGCAUACUUCUUUUACUUAGGUUUACUUUAAAUUAUUUAAUCCCAGCUUAAUUAUUCUAUGUGCCUAACCAGUUGAAGCUAAAUUGUUAGUUUUUAAGUUGCAAUAACUGUGAUCUAUAUUAUUUAUCAAAAGACAAUCAUAUUGAUUGUUAAUUUUACUAAUGUAUGCAGAAUGUGUAGGGUCAGGUUUUUAUUUGAUAUUUCACCCUGAAAGUAAAUUUAUCUUUCCAUGAGUAGUGAAAUAUUAUUGUUUUCCAGACAAGAGUCAUAAUUAAAAAAUAAAGCUGUGGAGAUGGGAGUUGAGGUAAAAAAUAUUGAUAGUAUACUGUAUAUUUAUCUUAUUUUUCAUUUGAUGGGUCAGACUUUUUUCUUUAUGUGCCUUAUUGUUAAAUAAAAUUAUUUUUUUUAGUAUGUGACUAUUAUAUUAAACACAAGGCAUUAUUUACUAUCGUAUGCUUCUUAUUGGCUGAUGUAAAAUAUACCCAUGUUUUAAAUGCAGUGCUACCUAUAAUACAUUGUUUUUGUUUUAAA